CGAAAACAUUCCACCCGCCAUCCCACCACCCGCUACCUGCGACCAACCCUGCUCAACAGCAGUAGUGGGAUAGAGAGGGCCUAACAUUAUGUAGUGACGGAAAACUCGCGAGUAAGCCGUGAGCGUCCUUCUACAGUCACACAAGCGGAUCUCUGUCUCCUCCAGUCUGUCUGGCUUUUUCGUGAGCCCUGCUUUGUUAGCCGUGGUGGAUCGCCCCUUCGUUGUUGCUGUAGCACCGCGGGGCGAGACAACGUCAUGGGAAACGAACAGAGCUUUGAGGGCCAAGCUAUACCGGAGAAUGGGCUGCGGCUGUCCACCCUGUGCCGGUACCAGGCUGAACCAGGCGACGAGGACGGGUUGGCGUUUUCGUGGUUCCAGGCGUCGACCGACGUUUCCGGGCUGGUGCUAAGGGGGGCACACCGCUUUGGCUACGUCCUCUCGCACGUCGGGGGGCAGCGGCUGUUCAAGGACACGCGACAGCGCUUCUUCGUCCUCCUCGACCACUACCUGUGCUUCUUUGACUCGCACUCCCCUGAGGCCCGAAUGAAAGGCAGCAUCGACCUGGACAAGGCGUACUGCCACAUCGAGCUGCUGCCGAGGCCUCCAGAGAGCGUCGACACCAUCCUUCAGGUCGGUGGCGGCGGCGGUAGCAGCAGCGAAGGCGACGAGCACCGCGUGGAAGUCACGCGCAGGACGGACGAGUUCUCCAUGGUGCUGUGCUUCUCGAGCGCGACUUCCCUCUCGGACUGGAUGAAGUCCGUCUUCGACGUCCAGCAAAGAAAGGCCACUUUCAGCCCGCUGAGGCACGGUACCGGCGGCGGCGGCGGCGGCGACGGUAUCAGUAGCGGAGGCGGAGAGUCUAGCAGCGAUGGCUCCGACUCGUCGUCCGAUCUGCCCGUGUCGCUUCCGCGCGCACAAACCUACAUCAACAGCAGAGGCAACAAUAGCAGUGGGAUCGCUAGGAGCGGGAGAGGGAGCGAAGGGGGCGGGGGCGGGGGCGGGGGCGGGGGCGGUAUCGGCACCGGUAACAGGCAGGGCCGACGCGGUGGCGGCCGUCGAAGGGGGCGCCGUCGCGGGACGCUCGCCUCCCCGCCGCCGCGUCCGCCGCGGGGGGGAGGGGGUGGGGGGCUCCGCGGCGUACCCUCCUCAUGGGCGGACGAUAUCGACAUCCGCGACCACGAAAGAGGAGGAGGGAGCACGGGAGAAACCGAGGAUGCCCCGCCGUUACGGCUGCGGCCGCGCCACAUGUCAACGCCGACGUCUUCGGCGGUGAGGCUGGGGAAGGCGUCGGAGCGGCUCGCGGGCCUCCCGAGGGGGGGGCGCGCGGCCGGCAACAACGCCUCCUCCUCCAGCAGCAGCGUCAGCGGCUGCAGCCUGGACGAGUACGGCGCAUUCACGACGGCGCAGGCGAGCAUCUACGAGGGCUGGACGCGGGGGCUCCAGCCCCACGGCUGGGGGCGGAUGGUUUUCGCCAACGGCGACCGCGUGGAGGGCUGGUGGGAGCACGACGUCCUGCACGGGAGCGCGGAGUACACGAGCCGGCAGGAGGGCUGGACCUACAGCGGUGGUUUCGAGAACGGGCAGAGGCACGGCCCCGGGAGGCUCAUGUUCUCGUCGGCGGGAGGCGGCGACGUCUGGGACUGCGAGUGGGACCGCGGGGUCGUCGCGCGGGGUUCCCGUGGAACGCACGCCACGGCGGACGGGGAGCUUUACCAGGGGGGGUGCGGGCCCUCCGCGGCGGACCCCGCGAUGCCGGUGAGGUCGGGGCAGGGGCGGCUCCGGCGGCGUGACGGGGACCAGGUGGACACGCGGUUCCGCGCGGGCAGGGCGGUGGACGGGGCGAAGGGCGUGGUCAGGUUCCGGAACGGGGCAAUAUUUUUCGGGGAACUGCAGGAGGCCCGGCCACACGGGUACGGGGAGCUGUACUUGUCGUCUGUUAAGACCACCGGCAACAGCCGCAACCGCAGCCGCAGCAGCAGCGGGGGCGGCGGCGGCGGCAGCGGAAUCGUCGGCAACAGCAGCACCAACAGGAGGAACAGCAGGAGAAAACCAAGAGGUGCGCUCGCCGAGCUAGGCGAGAUGGCGAGGGACGUGCUGUGGUACAAGGGCGAUUUCCACCUUGGGAAGCCACACGGCUCCGGCGUAAUCAAGUACAAGGACCCGGCUCCAUCGCUUCCAGCGGACAGAGGGGUCGGCGUAGCCGUGGCGGAAGGAGAACGGGGAGGAGCGGGGGCGGGGCCGCCGGGCCGUCCGCUUGUCCGGGCCUCGUGCGAGAGCAAGGGCGAGUACGACGAGGAAGGCGGAGAGCCGGAGGCGAAGCAGGGCGGCACGGAGCAGGAGGAGGAAGGAGAAGACGAGGAGGAGGAGGAGGACGAGGAGGAAGAAGAGGAGGAGGAGGAGGUGGUGGCGGUGCCCCUUGUUGUGGGCGCGACGGACCAGGACCUGCUUGAGGAGGACGAAAGCACCAGCGACAGCGAGGAGGAGGACGACGACGAAGAGGAGGAGGGGGAAAACGGACACGGAGAGCGAAGGCGGGGACUGCGGCGGAGCGGCAAUAGCAGAAGAGGGGCGUUGCCGGAAGGUGGCGAGGAGAAAGCAGCCACCGCGUUGGCUGCGCGAAGGGGUGAGCGAACGCCGGCGGAUGGCAGCAGCGGCACCGCUGGUGGAGGUGGAGGCGGCGGGAGCGGCAGCGGGACGGAUAUGGAGUACGAGGCCGCGUUCGUGGAUGGCGUUAUGGUGCGGCAUGAUGCCGAGCACCUUCGGCUGGCGGCGCUCAGGUUCGGCCGGGCCGAAAUCCGAAGGCUGGAGACCCUCCUCAAGAAGGAAGAGGACGCCAUGUCGAGGCUGCGCGUGAAGGGGCUUUGCCUGCUGUGCAACGUGGAGGAGAUGAACGCGCUCCUCGUGGCGUGCCGCCACAAGGUGCUCUGCAUGGGGUGCGCCAGCCGCGCGGACAGGUGCCCCGUCUGCAACGAGACCAUCGGCAAGGUCGUCCGGACGUACAGUACAUGAUUACGGGUGGACGGGCACACACAAGCAUGAUAAGUUUCUUUCCCCGCUUGUUGGUUGAUAUUCGACGUGUUUUGCUUCCCGGGCGAUGUAAUUGGCUUCGAGUUGCUGCCUGCCCUCCUGCAGUUGGCUUUAAUCAGAAUCGGGUUGUACUUCGCCCGGCCUUUUGUGACUGCUGUGUCGGCAGCACUGUUCUGGGCUGUCGGCAGAGGCGGUGUUGCUGUUCGAUAUCGAUUCGUUUUUGGAUACCUCAUUCGAGCGGCCGUCCUUGCCUUUCUUGUUUUCGAUUGGCUCUUUGCGCUUCACGCGUGCAAUCGAAUCACACGCGCACCGACCGUGUGGUUUCGUGGUGCUGAUGCUUGGCGCGUUGGUACGGUACCCUUGGUUAAGCCACUGAUGGCGCGGCCCUCUUCAAGUGUCCACAUCGAUCCACGAUUUUCAGCAAACCGGACAGAGGGUCGCCCAGCAGUUGUUGAGAGCCUGAUUGCAGCCGGCGAGCGAAAAAGGUGGCCGCGUGCCGCCCCGUCGUGCUGUGAUGGUCUGUCGUUUUCUUUUGCGUUCUGUUUUUUUUUUGCUUUUGUGCGUCAAUGUAAAUUAUCCGGUAGGUGCCUAAGAGUACUCGUCAUGAACCCGUAGUUUAUUUUGCGCGUGGGUUGGUAAGUUGUUCUUGAGGCGUUGGUGGGCAUGUUCUGGUGAUGUGGCUGGGCACGAGCUGCGAAUGGUCCCUUUAGGGGAACAAACGCGUAGCGAUUUCUGUCGUCGUUGGUUUGGGGGGUGGGGUGUUCCCGUACGACGUCUUGCUUCUCUGUCCUUCGAGUGCAGACGGAAUAGUGACAACACGUAUCUCACACCCACGCGGCGUUAAAGGCAAUGCUAUUGUAAUAUAUAUGAAUGUGCUUUUUAUGCGGGACUGCAAAGAUCUAUAGGCGACGAGUCUCUCGAUUCUGCGGUUUAGGAGCUAUGGUCGGCUGGGAGGGGGUACACAGGACACAGCUUAUUCCGCCCGAUCCAUGGUUGGUACACCGUGCCCGACUGGUUCAACGGGGUUGAGUUUUGAGGGGAGGGGGGAGGGUUGAAACCCGACAUGAUGCGGGCGGUGUUCUGUCGGUGGUCGCAGAGCUACAUGUGCUGUUUUGUGCCUUGGUUUGUCGGAGGUUUCAGAGAGUAUAAGAGAGCACAAGCGGAGAGUGAGUGAGAGAACGAAUCGAUGGUUCCUCUCCUUGUGUGCAAGCCUGGUGUACGGCGGUGUGCCGUCGUGGGGGCUGGUUUUGAUGCCGUCAAGUGUCCCACGACUGCUGCUGCAUGCGAGUGCGCACGUGAAGGUGACCUGCGUUCGCAAGGAUAUCUGCUUUGUAUAUAGUAGUGGCAUGUGCGUUUAUGUAACGGGCUCGAGCUCGUCGGUCCGGUCCGGUCGCCGAUCCGUGUCGCGACCAUCCUCCCCCCCCUUUUCGUUACCCUUGUGUCGACGGCUGCCAUAGAGGCGAACCGCCCAAGGUUUGCUAUCGCUUAGGAAUAUAAUGUUGCGGUGUUGGGAUAAUAAAUACCUGCUGUGCCCCCACCGUCGUGUGUUUUGACGAAUUUCAGCGUCCAGGUUUGUACAUAGAUGCCAAGAUUUGGUCCCCAGCGUGGACGACGGGCAGAUCUCCAGUGCUGUUCCUGUUUCGUUGCUCUUGGAAACUCUCCCUUCGGCGAGGUUUGAAAACGAGUAGACAUUGCCGCAGGGGGGAUGAGGAGAGAGGGGAUCGUCGUGGCCUUUCCAGCUUGCGUCCUUUGUUCGUUUGAGUGCACCAGGGUGAUCGUGUUUCGUCGGGUUCCCUCAGCUCGGCAAAAUACACGGACUAAUUUGACCAUUGUCGCCGGGGUGAAGUUCUCCUCAGUGUGGGUGCGCGUUGUGUUGCCCACAGAGGAAAUGCCGCCCGCGUUGGUUGGUGCACACUGGUGAAUUUCGAAGCCGUCCAGUGCAGCAUGUUAUUAUUGACGACGCUGUUUUUUUUGGUGAACUGAGGUGUGGGUCUGUGGGCGCGGGGGGGGGAAGGACUGGCGGAGACUUCGGUUGGUUGCGUUCGAGGAACAGGCGUAAUUUGCUCACAACGAGGCCUGUGACGUGCCAAUGCCUCAGAACGAUGCCUGAGGCUCCUUCGCAACCGCGCAAACGGUUGGUUGCUCCUCGCGACGAGAGCGUCGGUGUGUUUUGUGUGUGUUUCCUCUCUUUUCGUAAUAUGAAGGCUCAUGUGUUUUUCACCACACGCACGAAUACCGGAGCCAAAAGCUGCCUAUGAACGACUCUCACCGCAACUCUUGGUGGUGAAUGGAAUUGGCUU